AUGAAGUGGGACAGAUUUGGCCCAGAUCACGAAAUCGAAUGCAUCGACGACAUGGCGAGACUGGCAUUCGACACCGUUGGGCUCUGUGCUUUCGGUUACCGGUUCAACGAGUUCUACACUGCGGAUCAUCACCCUUUCAUGACCCAGCUCAAGGAAGCCAUUGUCGAAUCGGGGAGGCGAGCGAAUAGGCCAGAGAUCCUCAAUCAGUUCUACUACAAAGAGGAACAGCACCGUCAGGAGAAUAUCGCCAAGAUGAAGGAGCUGUGCAAGAAGAUCAUCCAAGACCGGAUUGACAACCCAAAGUCAGAGGCAAAUGAUCUGCUCAAUCUGAUGAUCCACGGCGUUGAUAGGGAGACGGGAGAGAAGCUCACGCGAGAGAAUAUCGAGUACCAGAUCCCAACCUUCCUAGGCGCUGGAUACGAGACAACCUCGGCAACCUUGAGCUUUAUCUACUACCUUUUGUGUACGUACCCGGAGACCAUGGCCAAGGCCCAGCAGGAGGUGGACGAGGUUGUCGGUGACAAGGUUCUCACAUACGAGAUGCUGCCCAAGUUGAAAUACCUCGAUGCGUGCAUCAAGGAAGCGUUACGUAUCCAGCACCCCAGCAGUUUGCUCACGAGGUUUGCAGUCAAGGAUACAGUCUUGGGAGGAAAGUACUUUGUCAGAAAGGGUCAGAUGGUGUCGGGCGUCUGGAGGCAUUUCCAUAGAGACCCCGUCGUCUGGGGUGCUGAUUCAGAUGAGUUCAAACCGGAAAGGAUGCUGGACAGGAAUUUCCAGGCGUUACCACCUAAUUCCUGGAAGCCGGUGAGUCGGAGCCAUGUUCCCGGUAACGGUACAAUACUGACAUUACAACCUUUUCAGUUCGGCGAUGGUCAGCGAGCGUGCAUUGGACGUGGAUUUGCGGAGCAAGAAAUUCUCAUUAAUGUAGCCAUGGUCCUACAAAGAUUUGACGUUGAAAAGGCAGACCCCAACUACAUUUUGGAGCUCAAAGGUCAAAUGGCUUUGAAAUGUAUUGACUUCAAGAUACGAGCGAAAAGGCGGUCAGGAAAAUCUUCCUUGAGUGGUAUCCCUGGCGGCGGCUCCCAGCCAAAGACGGCUGCCACCAAGACAAGACAAAACGUUACACCACAAACCGACAGCAACACUCCCAAAAAAUCCAUCACCGUUUUGUUUGGCGGCAACAUGGGGACCGCCGAGAGUCUGAUGCAAUCGCUUUCGCGCAUCGCCCCCGACUUUGGGCUCGCGGUUGACGAUGUGAGGACGCUGGACUCUGCCACUGACAGUCUGCCCACGGAUCGGCCCUGUAUCAUCAUCACACCCUCCUACGACGGACGACCUCCGGAUAACGCCAAGAAGUUUGUCAAGUGGCUUGAGCAACUUUCUAGCAAUGGCACCAAGCUCUCAGGCGUCAAAUAUGCUGUUUUCGCAUUAGGUAAUUCCGAUUGGGUGAAUACCUUCUACAAGAUUCCUAAGCUCAUUGACUACACGCUUGAGAGCCUCGGUGCCGAGCGCCUCGUCGAAACAGGUUAUGGAAACGUGAAGCAAGACCUUGUUGGACCGUGGGAAACCUGGGAAGAAGAGCUGUGCUUGGCCCUCUCAGGAGUGUCGGCUGGCAAAGCCCACAAGGCACAGGCAGGCGUCGAAGUGAGCAUCGAACGCCAUAACCUCAAGACUCUUCCCAGAGUUCUAGGCGGUGAUCAAAUGGGCGUUGGGACCAUUGCCGCCAUUCGCCAACUGGCUGAUACCUCGGUGGGACCAGCGAAAUACCACGUCGACGUCCGUCUUCCUCCUGGCUGCCACUACCGAGCGGGAGACUACCUCGUUGUUCAAGGCCGCAACUCCACCGAAUCCGUUCACCGAACCAUUGCCCGUUUCAGUCUCAGCCCAGCAGACACCAUGACAGUUCAAUCCUCCAAGAAGGAUUUCCUACCAUCCCAACCAAUGGCAAUAGAGCACUUUUUAAGACAACGUGUCGAGCUCGCCGCACCCAUCACCAAACGCCAGCUCCUCACGCUCUCCCUCCACGCGGAAGAUUCCUCCCCGGAGAAAGCCCAUCUUCUCAACCUCACCCAGGACUCCGCCUAUGAAGACCUGCUCACAAACCGGCACUCUGUCCUCGAUGUUCUCAGCACUAUCCCUACCUUGGCCCUCCCUUUUGGAGUCUUUAUCGAUCUCCUCCCUCCCCUUGCACCGAGGGUGUACAGCAUUUCGUCAUCUCCCCUCUCCCCGUCCUCGGGAACACUCCAGUCUGGCCUCGUCGCAUCCAUCACGUUUGACCUGUUCCAAUCCCCUGCCUUGAGCAGUCACGGAACAUUCAACGGCGUCGCCUCAUCCUACCUCUCCUCCCGCAAGAUAGGGGAUGAGAUAUCUUGUCUUGUCCGUCCCACAACACUGCCGUUUCAGCUCCCAAAAGACAUCUCCAAACCAAUCGCCAUGGUUGCGGCAGGCAGCGGGAUUGCCCCCAUGAGGGGUCUUCUCCAAGAGCGAGCCGAGCUGAUGAAGCAAGGUGGGGAGUUCGGCGAGGCGGUCCUCUUCUUUGGGUGUAGGGAUGAGGAAAAGGAUUAUUUGUACAAGGAGGAGCUGGAAAGGUGGGAGAGAGGGGGGGUGGUCAGGGUCGUGCCGUGUUUUUCUCGGCCGGGGGGGAAGAAGGGGAGGUAUGUCACUGAUGCUUUGUGGGAAGAACGGGAUAGGAUGUGGGAAGUGGUUGAGAAGGGGGGCAGGAUUUUCACUUGUGGGAGUGCUGCUAGACUUGGGAGGAGUGCUGGGGAGGUUUGGAGGAGGAUUUGGGAGGAGAAGUCGGGACAGGGGGGGGAGAGAGAGGGAGAGGAGUGGUUGGAGGGGAUCAAGGGAGAUGGGAGGUAUGUUUGUGAUGUUUACUGA